AUGUUCACAUUCACCAGCCCUGAUAUCACAGAUAACAUUCAACCAUUCUUUGUCCGUUCAGAGUCAACCCCGCAACCAGAUGAGAUCACUUUAGCGACCUUUGUACAGCAAGAUGAACUUUCAGAGUUGAUCAAGCUUGUUGACUACUUUCCAGGGCCCAUUUCGGCCGUUUUGCAUAUCGAUUCUCCUUCGAAUGAACCAGGCGCGCCAAAUCCUAUCGCUCGCCUUCAUACGAUGCGAAACAGCAAUCCAAAGAUCCGCAGCCAGGUGGACAUUCAUCUCAUCACGACACCACAGACUCACCGCCGUCCCGCUUCAUCAACUGUCCAGCAACAAUCCAAUCUUCAUCGUAACUUGGCUCGCUUCUUUUCAAGGACUGACUUUGUACUUCUUUUAGACGCAGAUGGCUCUCUACCUGCUACAGAUGUAUCCAAGAGUUUCAAGGAUUAUCCUCUGUGGAUGGAUAAACUUCGAGCAGGGAAUGUGUUUGUUCUACCUGGGUUUAAUGACGACUCGGCACCAGGGCUAGUCCCUGUACUCAAAGCUUCACAGCUGCCAAGAGAAAAGACCGCAUUGCUUGAGUUGGUCCACAAUGGUCAGGUUGUAUUGUCGGAAAAGACAUGGAAGCGAACCAUCAGGAACGUAGACUUUAACACUUGGGCAAACCAGAUGAGACUUAGCGCAAUUCAGAAUUAUGAUCCUUACUUUGCGCCUUCAGUCAUCAUGCGCAGGGAUAAAAUGCUCUGGUGCCCUGAGAGAUUCGGUAAUAACCAGGCAGCAUGUCUAUUUGAACUCUAUUUGAGUGGCGCUGAUUUCUGGGUCCUACCCAAGGACUUUACCAUCAACGGUGGCGACCACAAGGAGGUAGUACUGACCGAGCGCGAGAAAACUAUCAACACUCGUCUUUAUCAGAAAUUCCAUGAAGAAUCCUGCCUCAAGCAUGCACGAGCUUUCUAUGCAGCAGGUGAAUGGGAUUCUGACCGUGCCCGCCACUGUCGCAUCAGCUGUCAAAAAGGUAUAUUUGAGUUUGGACAUAAGUUUCCAAUGAUUAUUAUUAUUAUUUAUUUCUAA